AUGGCGCCCGAUUCUAACGACUACUCAAACCAGAAACUUGACAAGGACGGUUUAUUCCACGUCGACGUGCGCCAGCCUGAUGGUGCCACGAUGUCAUUCACAGUGCCUCUCAACGACGUUCUUGGUAUCUCCGAUCGGCAGGUCGUAACCGGCCAGACAGGUUUCUUCACUAGCAACCUUAUCAACGAUCCUCAUUUGGAUCCUAAGGAUCCCUGGAAACUUCGCUACAACGCGCGCUCCGAACCAGGAAAAAACGACUGGCAGAACAAUGCGUUCGAUCUCCUCCCAAUCCUCGACUUCGAUAACGACAGCGUGGCGAUUCAUCAGGAAAUCCGACUUCAUGGAAAGCCCCUGAGCACAUUCACGACGACGACGGCCAACGAUCCAGUCACUUCUGACGAGCCCAAGGACGCUAGCGGUACCAAAGCUGAAGAAUCCUCCGCGGGAGAUCAGGCUGCUACCGCUCAUGAGUCUGCCGCUGCCGACGCCCACGCUUCCGCUGAGGCUGUGGCCCAAGAAUCUGCCGCUGCAACGGCUCAUGAGUCAGCUGAUGUGAAUGCCCAUGCAUCUGAGAGUGCAACCGCUCAACAGGCCGCUAGCGCCACCGCUCAGCAAUCCGCAAGCUGGGACGCUCAUGCCUCAGCUGGUACCACCGCCCAGAACGCUGCCGGUGCAACUGCCCAACAAUCAGCAGGAUGGAACGCUCAUGCUUCUGAGAGUGCGACUGCUCAACAGGGAGCGGGAGCCACUGCUCAGCAGUCCGCAGGAUGGGAUGCUCAUGCGUCUGCCGGCGCGACUGCCCAGAACUCGGCCGGUGCGACUGCCCAACAAUCAGCAGGGUGGGACGCCCACGCCUCCGAGGGUGCGACUGCUCAACAAAGCGUCGGCGCCACAGCUCAACAAUCUGCUGGCUGGGACGCUCAUGCCUCGGCUGGCGCCACCGCCCAGAACUCAGUCGGAGCCACGGCGCAACAGUCCGCAGGAUGGGACGCACACGCUUCCGAGGGUGUGACCGCCCAACAAGGAGCCGGCGUAACGGCACAACAGUCCGCUGGCUGGGAUGCUCAUGCGUCUGCGGGUGCGACCGCCCAGAACGCGGCCGGUGCGACUGCCCAACAAUCCGCAGGCUGGGAUGCCCACACCUCUGAGGGUGCGACUGCUCAACAAGGAGCCAGCGUAACGGCACAACAGUCCGCAGGCUGGGACGCUCAUGCGUCUGCGGGUGCGACGGCCCAGAACUCAGUCGGUGCUACCGCCCAACAGUCCGCAAGCUGGGACGCCCACGCCUCCGAGGGUGCGACAGCCCAACAAGGCGCUGGCGUGACGGCACAACAGUCCGCAGCCUGGGACGCUCAUGCUGCAGCUGGCGCGACCGCCCAACAAGGAGCCGGCGUAACGGCACAACAAUCCGCAGGCUGGGACGCUCAUGCUGCAGCUGGCGCGACCGCCCAACAAGGCGCCGGCGUGACGGCACAACAGUCCGCUGGCUGGGACGCUCGUGCUGCAGCUGGAGCCACCGCCCAGAACUCAGCCGGUGCUAUUGCCCAACAGUCCGCAGGUUGGGACGCCCAUGCAUCCGAGAGUGCGAAUGCUCACCAGGCUGCCGGUAUCGGUGCCCAAGCUUCCAAAUCUGCCUCUACUCAGCAAUCAGCCGGAUGGCAAGCAUCCGCCGAUACCAACGUUAAAGAAUCUUCCGGUCUCGGCGCCCAAGCGUCCCAGGGUGCUGGUUUUCAAGAGCCAGCCGUGCCUCGCAUUGGUCUCGCUGGUGCCAAACCCGAUGAGCCAGCUGUACCUCGCAUUGGUCUUGCGGGUGCGAAACCCGACGAGCGAGCAAUACCUCGCAUUGGUCUCGCCGGUGGCGGGUACCGAGCAAUCAAUGGUCAAGGCGCACUUGAACGGAGAGGCUUCGCAUACGAUGGCAUGAUCCCCGGCUUGCCUCGUGAUUGGAGAGGCCCAGGAUAUGGCGGGCAGAUCCCCGGCUUGCCGCUCGACGGCAGAGACCCGCGGCUUCCUGGACCCUGGAGUGGCAGAGGUACCACAUUCGAUGGCAUAGCAUCCGUUGCAGGACAAUCAUCUUCAAUGAGUAGCUUCAUGCAGUCCAGCACCGUGACCAGCACGCAACAGUCGGGAACUGUUUCAGGUGUCACGUCAGAGAGCAGGACAGCGGAGGAGCGAUAUAACUUUGAGGAGCGGUUGCGUCAGACCGAAGCAAGGCUGGCAGAGCAGAGUCGCACCAUGUCUUCUGGCCUGCUGAACAUCACCAAGGCAUAUGGUGACUACGAUUAUCUCAACACCGAGAUCAAGAAGCGCGAUACCCAGAUGGCCUUGCUUUUGGAGGACCAGGCAGACAUAUACCGCGAGCUUAGCUUGGCUCGCCAGCGCUUCUCUAGCAUGGACGUCGAGCGCAGCAGCGUGACUGUGGAGCAGACGAGGUCGGCUUCUCAAUUUUCAGCGAUUAGGGGGGAGCUUCAUGAGACUACCAUGAAGCUACAGAACCUCAUGGCCGAGUACAGCAAACAAGAGUUGCUUCUCAAGCAGAUCACUGAAUCGAGGACGACCGUCGAGCACGAACGCACGACGCUGCAGAUCGAGACCGAUCGGCUCCGCAAGGAACUUCUCGUCGUUCAGUCUCAGAACAAUGAGCUUAGGGCUGCAAGCGGUGCAGUUCGUGCUGAGCUCGAGGAAGCCCGCACUACCAUUACGGCCAACAGUGUCAUCAUCAAACAGUUUGAGUCCUGGAAGGCUCUCUACAUGGGACAGGUUCAAACCAUGAAGAAGGAGCUUUUCGAAACUACCGAGGUCAUGACGCGCCUUGAGGAGACUUACCAGGAGACGCUGAGGGCCUUCAGGAAGAUUCAAAUCGAGAAGGAAGAGCUCCAGUCGACCCUCAUUCUCACUAAGUCUUCUCAGACGGAGGUCGACGCUCGAAUUAGCAUCCUCGAGCAGGCUCUGCAAGACACGCGUACAGAACUUUGGAGGGUCUCCCAGGCUUACACGGCGAAGAUAGAUGAAUUUGAUGGCAUAUCUACUACCAAGGCAGAGCUCGAGCGCAGGAUCUCGGAGUUGACUUUGUCUUUCGCUCACGAGAGGAAUGUCACGCGCAGCCUUUCCGAGCGUCUUCUUCAAAUCCAGGGUAGCAUGUCGACAAGUCUCGAUUGGAUCUACGACAUGCGUCAUGAACUCAGCCAAGAUGCUAGCUAUACGUACAUGGACCAGCUUCGCAGCAGAGGUAGUAUUGGAUUUGGACUUGAUGCGCCGUCUCUUCCACGCCUUCCCAGCUACGGCAGCGCCAUCAGGGGAGAAUUCGAUGUCAAACGCGAAUUUGAAAGCUCCGAGACGAAGACAUCCAGCGUCAGCGGCUUCGCCGGUGCAGCUACCGUCGGUGUUGUCACUGGUUCAAUUUUGGGUGCUAGCAUGAACGGUAUUCGAAAUUUGAAUGGACCUGCAUCUGGGCCAAAUGGCAGUAUUGGUCCCAUUAUCACGUCGCCGGUCAACGAAAAGCACCCUCCUGGUGAUGAUAUCAAAUUAGCACCUCCGAUUUUCAAGCCAGCCCUGCCAGUCGCACCUCGCGCCGAAACUGUUGCUCACUGAAUUCAUCCUUCCAAAUGCGGCCGCUAGUCCAGGCCGUUUUCCUCGCCUUUCAUUCCAGUCGUAUGUUUCCGGUGCGCCGUGAGUUUAUGCCCGUCAUAUGCUUCACCCCCUUUGUCCCCAAGCCC